UCUCACACACACACACACACACACACACACACACAGGUUCCUCAGGCUGGGCAGAGUUUCCUCCUUUGCAGCCACCUUACUUCCUGCUUCUAAGCAUGGAGGAGGGUGGCACAAAGCCAUGGGACAACAUGUCCCUUUUGUCUGACCAUUAUGAUUUGGGGGCAGGGAGGUGUGAGUGUCCUUUGCAUGCGUGUGUUGUGGGAGGGAGAGGGGCUGCAGGACACUUUCCCCAAACCCUGGGGGUACGGAUGUUAGCUGUUGUUCACUGGGGAGCUCCCCCCCAUCCCAUCCACUUCCCACCUCUUUUUUUCUCCAAACAAAGGCAAGAGGGGGGAGGAGAGGAUAUGCUUUGAGUAAGAUGGGCUUGUCCUUUGCAGCAGCGGCAGGAAGACCAGUACCAGAAAUGUUAUUGUCGGUUAACUCUUGCUUUGCUUUGUAUUUAUGUACUUAAGGCUAGGUGGAUUGUGUUGUUGUUUUUUGUAGUACUGAAUUUAUUGAAUGGUUGUUUUUUUGCCAUUUUUGAAUUUACCAACAUGUAUGUUGUAUGUUUGUAUUUCCAACGCUCUGUGUUUGAUAUUUUGAAUGUUUGCUGUAAGACUCUUCAGGCAUAGCUAAUUGUAGAAAAGUGUUAUAUAAGUAAACUCAGGCAUCCCCAAACUUCGGCCCUCCAGAUGUUUUGGACUACAAUUCCCAUCUUCCCCGACCACUGGUCCUGUUAGCUAGGGAUCAUGGUAGUUUAGCCAAAACAUCUGGAGGGCCGCAGUUUGGGGAUGCCUGAGUAAACUCAAUCAAUAGGCUUAUGCAUCCCUUAAAUCCUGCACUGUGGAACUGGCCACCUUAAACCAUAUUUAUGCUGCCAUGUUUUCCCUCCGAACUACAGGAUGGUUCAGAAACAAAGGCCACACUCCCCUCACCUGACGGUUGCCAAAAAUCUAGUUUUGCUCACGGCAGUUUGUUGCUGCCUCACGAUUCAUUGUGUCAGUUAAGGCAAAACCAUCAUUUUUUGUUUCCCUUCACUGCAGACUAGUAGCAGGGUGUGUGUGCGCCUAGCUUUUUGGAUUGAUUGUUUUGGAUUGAUUCAUUGUCUUUUUAUCAUAUUGUUUCCUUGAAGAGAGGCUAAGGGUGAUUCACCCUGCUUUUAAUUUCACAACAACCUUGUGAGGUAGGUUAGUGUGAGGGCGCAGAAUGGCCUGAGGCCAACCAAUGAGCUUCCACAGCUGAAAGGGGAUUUGAACCCGUGUCUCAACGUCCUCUAUUUCAACACUGAAACCCCUACACUAGGUUGGCAGUUUAGAUAAUGGUAAUGGGCUCCCUCUGGAAUGAUGAGCUAGAACAGGGGUCGGCAAAGUUUUUGUGGCUUGGGCCGGUCCACGGUCCCGCAGAUGCUGCAGUGGGCUGGAGUGUGUGCGCGUGCACGCAUGCGCAAAUGCUAUUUCCGGCACGGAGGAGGCGUGUGCAACUUCCCAUUGGCUGCAGGAGCUUCCCAUUGGCUGACCAGCAUUGCGGAAGGCAAUCCCUGCUCUGCUCUGCACACGGGAUUUAGUGCAGCGCACGGGAGCCAACCGAGCCAGUGGCGGGGGUCCCUGAGCGGGUUGCAAGGAUUCAUGGGCCAGUUAAACAACCCCCAUGGGCCGCUUGUGGCCCAUGGGCCUUAGGUUGCCGACCCCUGGGGUAGAACUUGCCAGUGGCUAAUAUGGAACCCUAGUAUUGGAAAUGUUACCCUUCCCUCCUCGGGAUUGGAGACAGUGCAGUGCAGUGGUGUCAGUUCACUUGGUCAGCUUUCUUGCCCUGCCCUGAAGUAUCUGCUUAUGUUGCUCUUGACACCUGUUCCGACAUAAAUAUCCCCCUCUUUCUACCCUUACCAUGCCAGGUAGGUUGGACGAAGACCCUGUCUACUGUCCUUGUAUGAAAAUCAUGUCCAUGUAGGAAUUAGCACAAAUCUUAUUGCGUAGAUAAGCCUAAAUGCAUCCGCAGUGAGAAGCUGUGUGUUACUGUUGCUGUCUGGCGUGGUGCAGCAAAAAGCAGAGGUGAGAAAUCAGAAGGAAUUUCCUGUAGUAAUCCGGUCAUGUUUGAAGUGGCCCUCCAAAAUCUCCAGGGUGCUAAAAAAAAUUAACUUCUCUGCAAAAUAGGAAUUUGAACUCGGUAUACUGUCUCUCAACACGGCACUUUGGGGCUAAUGAUUUCCCCCUCUAGAUUUUGUUGCUGUUGGAGACAUAAUUCUGCAAGUGGUAAUUACUGUUGCAGCUCAUAAUUCGUUGUUCUGGAGCAUUUUCCUAUUUGAAUAAAUAGUGUUGCACCCAUCUGAUACUGUCUUUAUAUGUGUGUAUGUCAACUAGCUAUGGCAGACCUACAGUAUUUUGUGGUACUGCUGUGAUUCCACCCCCCAAAAAAAUUUAUUGUUAUUGUUUAGCUUGAAAAGUUACAAUUUAAAGGGUAGUUAAUGAUUAACAACAAUUUGGUGUUUCAGUGCUGUUUGUGAGGGUAAGUGAAAGUAAUAAUUUGCUCCAGUUUUUGUUUGUAAGAUUAAAAAAUGACCCUGAUAGUAAGUGGCAGUGCUUCUGAGAAAUUUCUUGACUGUCCCGUGGGAUUAUUUGUGUCUUUUAAAUGCUCGCAGAGGGGAGACCACUGGCCUUUCAAAUGUGUGUGAACAUGAGAACAUAAGCACAGAGAAACCAUGUGAAGAAUCCCAGACUUGAAGCAUAACAUUGUGUGUGCAAGCGCCCCCAUAACUGAGCCCCUCACAACCAAUUAAUAAAUGAACCGAUCAUGUCUCUCGUCUCAUAAAUACUCCAUGCCUCACACUAGUGUCAAGAGAACGGCACAAACGUAUGUUUAAUUGUGGGGGGAAAACCCAAAACCUCAAAUCCUCCCUCUGCAGUUUUGCCAUAGUUUUAUGAUGCUGGAUUUUGGACUUGUGCUUUUCCAACCCCCCUGACGCGCUCUCUUAGAAGGAAGGAAGGAAGGAGUUACACUUUCCUCAUUGGCCUGAACAAAAGAAAAAAGAAAAAAAGAAUUCCCACAGAGACCAGAGAGCCAUCUGCUAGGAAUUGGGAGUGGUUUUAUAGUCUGAUCUCAGAGGUAGGGGUGGCCUUGUGAGGCCAGAGGCUGGGCUGAAACUCCAGCCGGAGGCGAGGAACUGAUCGGAGGGUAAUGAUUGUGUUUUUCUGUCCAUUGGUUUAUUCGCUUGUGCACAUGCUUUCUCUAGGAGUUUGACUGAACAUGUGUGGCUUUUACUUCUCUCGUAGCAGGCCCAGUUUUCCCUUUGCAUCUCUCUGUCCCUCAUGUGAGACACACUUUUCCACUGCAUGUACCUGCUGUGGAGUUUUCUUUGUCGGUUGGUGUGGAUCAGUUCAUCCCUCUGUGUUGAUUUUGCCCAUAAUGGUUCUGUGUCUUCUCCCUCCCUUUCCCCUUUUUGCUCCCUUACUCAUCUUUGUCCACUAUCUUGUCUAUUUUUCUGCACAUUGUUACAUUUUACCUGUGAAUCGGUGCAUUUCUGGGAACUUGUCUGAAAUUAUUUGCUGCUGAGGUUGAUUUUGGCCACAGUGGGCCAGGAACAUUUCUUCUGGAAACACCUGGGAAUUGGGAUGGUACCACAGAAAUCUGUUCUUACACAAUUCAGAAGAGGGACACAUUUCACCAUUUUAAAACAUUGUACAUACAAUAGCUGGGCGAAUAACAGAAAUUCUCUUAUUAUCCCACAUGUUGCCGGUUUGUGUGGUCCAAGGCAGUUGCCUGCGCCUUUUCUUCCGCUGUGCCUAUCUAUUUCCUGUGGCGAUUCUGUGCCCUAUUUUCCGCAGCGUUGUGGGUUUCCAUUUCUGUUUCUUGUGCAGUUAUGCAAAUCUGUGGCAUACAUUCAUCAUGCCACAGUGAUACUUCAGUAUGGUUGAAGGAAAUGUACAUAGCAUUUCUCAGGGAGAUUUUUUCCUCUAAUGUAUAAAGGCAAUCUUUAGAAGAGCAUCAGACAAGGAAAUCUCUGCCCACACAUUUAUGGGGACAACACAGGAAGAAAAUAACACCCACAAAGCUUAGAGAUAGCCUUUUUGGUGCUAUAAUGCAAAGUGACACAGCAAUUGUUUCUAAUUUGGGUGCAACUAAAGCGGUUGACACAAAUGCUGCCUGAAUCCUCUCCAGUUCAGCCUCAGCUAAGUAACAGCACCGAAAAUUCCCCGGUAAACCGCCCCCCCCCCCGAUCUUACUGUUCACCACCUUCCAAAUUUUUAUUGACCUAACAAGAAAGAAAUUACAAAAUGGAACAGCUCAGUGGCUGAGCAUCUUUCUUAUCCAUGGCAAAGUCACAAACUGAACUUCCUAGGGAGAAAAUGAGGCACCAGAAAAUACAUGGCAUCAGAAAAUGCAACGUGCCUGUUGAAAUUUAAUGAAAUUAUCAAGGGAUGGGCAGUGGGGUUUAAAAGUUGCAUUUUUAUUGGGGCUGCAAAAGGUUAAAAAAAACCCAGCAAUUUAUUUAUUUUUUGCAAGAGUUUGCAGGAGUUCAAGGAGCCGGAAGCCCCAUAAUUCUGCCUAUCCUUCCCGCCCCCAGCUCCCCAUGUCUUCUUAAGGGCUUAGGGCUCUGCAUUAUUUUAAACACGUUGCUCUCAGCCUAUUGCAGGCAAUGGGAGAGCUUCACUUAGAUGUGGGCUGAACUAAAUAAGUUUCCUUUUUUCCAAAAUGGACUCUCAAGCAAUUUCAUGCGGCAGAGAAAAGCCCCUUUGAGAAGUUGAGCCCCCUUCUUCUCCCAGAGCAAAGGCAAGUCUUGUUUUGUGAUGAGAAUCUUGCAUGCCAAGGCUGCUGGAGUGGGAUGUCAGAUUAGCCUCCGCAGCAGAAGCUGCUCUGAGUGGAGCAUGUGACUGCAGCGUUACGUUGGGAGGAAGCGGUAGAGGUCAGCGCAAAGGCAUUUCGCCAGAGACUGCAUGGCGGAUGAGAGCUUUUUCAGAUCCCUAACCCUUUCAUCAGCCGCUGAUAGCGAACAGAGGAGCGUCAGAUUAAUAAUGGAAAUUUCAGGACAGAGUACCGUAGUUCAUUGCUCUCUGUCGCUGAGGGGGAGAACGAAGGGCUUCUGAAGGCCCUUUAAAUAUAUUUUAUUAAUCCAUCUGAGUGAGGGGAAACUUGCCAUUCUUGAGGCUGGAUGUUCAACUUUGGGAUGAGGCUAGGGGAACACUCAAGAAAUUCCCUUGUUGCAGAACGAGGAAAUCUGGGUAUCUCCUUCUGUUGGCGCUUCUUCAGUUUCAAAUGUUGUGGGGAUCCCAUUCAGACUGAAAGGGUCGAGUUGCAGUCCACACAAACAGGCUAACAAACCGAAAGGUCUGUGGAUUAAUGGUAUAGCACAUGCUUUUCACAUAGAAGACCCCAGAUUCAGUUUCUGGGCAUUUAAGUUAAAGGCUGUCUAGUGGCAAGUGUGGUUUCGAAAGGUCUCUCUGCCUGUCUGAGUUUAGAGAACUAGUUUCUGAGUGCUCAUAGUGCUUCGCAUUAUUCUCAGUCCUCAGAAUAGCCUUGUAAGGUAGGCUCGGAUUAAUAUUCUCAUAGCGCAUUUGGGGGAUGGGAUUUCUCGUGCAAUCCUAUCGGUGUCGAUUCAGAAUUAAGCUCCAUGCAGUACAUUCAGUGGGACUUGCUCCCUGAUAAGUUUAUACAGAAUCGCGGCUCAGGAGGGUUCGUGGAAGAUUUGAACUAGGACUUUUCUGGCGAACACACCUGGCCACAACGCUAAAAAAAGGUUUGGCUGUUAGAAUUGUAGGCUACGUUAACAAAUUGUAUGUGGAUUGCUUAUUUAUUUAUCAUUUUCAAUUUUGUCCUUAAGAUGAUUGAAAAGAAUACAGCUUUGAAUUUGGGGUUGUUGCUUGUUUGUAACUUUUAAAUCAUUUGGAAACGAUAAGAGUCGUCCCUUGUGAUCAUUUUUAUUAAAAGUUAGUUCACACAUUCUUUUUCUUGUAGGUUGACAUCAAAAGAAAGAAUAAUAUGGUUUUCAUUUCAGCUGGGCAUGUAAAAUAAUAAAGUGGUAGAGAAGGACAGUUUAUCUAGAAAGUGUGGAGGAAUAAAGGACUCAUAUUUUUGAAAAGUGGUAUGUGGAGGUCACAAUCCAACCUAGUUAUGCCUGCUUCAGCCUGCUGCUUUCGAGCUUCAGCAUGUCCAGUUCUGUGUUGGUUUGUCGCCUGAGAGUCUUAACAGCUUCUGUGGGAUUCUGUAAUAUUUAUUCCCCCUCUUUCUCCCCACCAAGGAGGAAAGAUUUAAGCAUCUAAAAUAUCCCCUGGAUGAAGAAGGAAAAUUAAUCUCCGUCUCGCCUUCAAAGUGUAGUUGAAAUUCUGAGUGGGGAAACCAAUGAGGCUUGUAAUUGUAUAAGGAAAGCAUUUUAAUUGCAAGGCAGGGGUGCAAGGAGGGUUGGUGUGUGUCCCCCUCCCUUUCCCGAAUUCUGCAAAUUUACUGUCUUCAUGACAGCAUUGCGUGUCAACUCCCGGCACUGGAUGGGGUUGCUAGGCAGCAGGUUCUUCUAUAUCCCAAGACUUUCUGAUUUGCCAGCCUUCCUGUGGCACAUGGUAAGCCUCUUUCUAGCCUACCGUCUAGAGGGACUUUUGCAUGCUGCUUGCAUACUGUCGAGAUCUUGCACCUGAAAUGUGAUGAAAGGGGGAGGAAAGCACUGCUUGUUGGAGGCUUGGGGGGGGGAGUGAGGGGGACUGGAGAGGGGAUUCGCUUUUUGGCACUGCAUCCUCAGUGUGGUGCAGAGAAGGUUAGGGAAAUAACUGUAUGUAAAAAGAACGAGGCUGGGACACAAACCCUGAACCAGCAACCGGAACAAGGAAAAAAGGUUAGUGGGUUAAGUGACAUGCAUUUCCUGCCUUUGCGAAGGUGCCUGUUGUAAACCUAAGAAUGGAGGCAGUAAUUCAGCCAUUAGAUGUGGAUGGAGGUUGGAGGAUCAAGUGGAGCUGUGGGGGGGGGGGGGUGGCGGCGGACGCUCUGUUCCUCUGCAGCCGCCCUGCUGUAAAACUGCUCCCAAACUCUUACAAAGGUGACUUGGGGAACAAAUGGAUUUAGUGCUUUGCAAAAUUCCAUCUGUGGAUCCUUUCUCACGUUCUCUCACGACCAGAAUCUUAGAAGAUAACAAAAACAGGAGCAGCUGAGCACAGCUCAUUUCUCUAGUCUUGCUCUUGCCUUUGCCAUCCCUUGCGAAAGCAACGCUGGUCGUGAGGAAGCAUCCACCUUGGUUUAGGUUCGAGCAGAACUGUUUCAAACUUUGUUAUUGAACCCCAUUUGGAAAGAGCUGGGAGAGAAGCUCUUCCUGGCAAUCCAGAGCAAAGAAUCACAUUGGAACACAGAGCCAAGGGCUGUGCAGGCACAUAGAUAACCAGUUUCAUUUCUCCACUUUUGGGGGUAGGGCUGUGUGUCUCCCCCUCCCAGAUAUUCCACUAAGAAACCCAGAACUGCCUAGAUGGGUUUUUCCUUGCAGAAUCCAGUUGUUUUUAAACCCAUACAGAGGAUUAAUGGAAUGUAUUCUUGUGAGACCCUUAACGUUUAUGCAGUUACUACGAAACAUUAAUGAUUUGUGGGAAAUUGCUUUUGUUUCUUAUGGUUGGUUGGAUUUUCAAAAAUGUUUAUGUGCUUUUCAGGUACUGUCUGAUGAGUGUGAAAGGAUGCUUCACAGAUUUCCACAUUGAUUUUGGGGGCACUUCAGUUUGGUAUCAUGUAUUCCGUGGAGGGAAGAUCUUCUGGCUGAUCCCUCCAACUUUGCAGAACCUAGAACUCUAUGAGGAAUGGGUUCUCUCAGGGAAGCAAAGUGACAUCUUUCUGGGCGACAGGGUGGAGCUAUGCCAAAGAAUUGAACUGAAACAAGGGCACACCUUCUUCAUUCCUUCAGGGUGGAUACAUGCUGUCUAUACUCCAGUAGAUUCCUUGGUGUUUGGUGGAAACAUCCUGCAUAGCUUUAACGUUCCCAUGCAGCUUCACAUCUAUGAGAUCGAGGAUAGAACAAGGGUGCAAGCCAAGUUCCGUUACCCUUUCUACUAUGAGAUGUGUUGGUAUGUUCUGGAGAGAUACGUGUUUUGCGUGACCCAGCGCUCCCACCUCAGCAAAGAGUAUCUGAAAGAAUCAAUGUUAAUUGAUACAACAAGGAAACGCAGCUUAGAUAGCUUCUCAUCGGAUUCCUGGGUAGACAUGGAUGACGAAUCGUGUGAUGUCCACACCCGGGAAGAGAAGGACGACUGUCUGGAAAAAAUCCCCAAGGCCUUGGCGGACGGAUCGUCUUCUCCCAACAGUAUACAUUCAGAAGGGAAGGAGGUUUCAGGGAGGAAGCAAAAAUCUACAGCCCCCCGCUUCCUCAAAAGGACUUUGUCCAAUGAGUCAGAAGAAAGUGUAAAAUCAACACCGGCAGACUAUCCCAAAACUCCCACGGGCUCCCCAGCUACAGAGGUCUCGGCGAAAUGGACUCACCUGACAGAGUUUGAACUGAAGGGUUUGAAAGCCCUUGUUGAAAAACUUGAAUCCCUUCCGGAGAAUAAGAAAUGUAUACCUGAAGGCAUCGAGGACCCUCAGUCUCUGCUGGAGGAUAUGAAGAACAUCCUGAAGGAGCAUGCAGACGAUGACCAAAAUCUUGCCAUUUCUGGGGUCCCAGUGGUAUCGUGGCCUAAGAAAAACGCAAAGAACCGGGCCGUUGGGAGACCCAAAGGAAAAUUGGGCCCUGCUUCAGCCGUGAAGCUCGCGGCAAACCGGACAACUGCAGGAGCACGCCGGAGGAGGACGCGAUGUCGCAAGUGCGAGGCCUGCCUGCGCACAGAGUGUGGCGAGUGUCACUUCUGCAAGGACAUGAAGAAGUUUGGUGGGCCUGGCAGGAUGAAGCAGUCAUGCAUUAUGAGGCAGUGCAUUGCGCCAGUGCUGCCCCACACGGCCGUGUGCCUGGUGUGUGGGGAAGCAGGGAAAGAAGAUACGGUGGAGGAGGAGGAGGGCAAGUUCAACCUCAUGCUCAUGGAGUGUUCCAUCUGCAAUGAAAUCAUACACCCAGGAUGCCUCAAGGUGCGGGAGUCAGACGGCCUCGUCAACGAAGAGCUGCCCAACUGCUGGGAAUGCCCAAAGUGCAACCACGCUGGCAAAACUGGGAAAGCGUACAAGCAAAAGCGCGGACCAGGGUUCAAGUAUGCGUCAAACCUGCCCGGCUCUCUGCUGAAAGAACAGAAGAUCAACCGAGAGAACAAAGAGGUUGUUCCAGAUGCCACCAAGCGGAAAGUCGAGUGCGAGGAGCCCCCUCGGAAAAAGUCCGAGGACCACCCCAAGAAGUCUCCUGUUGACCCUCUUUUGAGGAGGAAGUCUGAGGAAGUCCACCCACGGCGGAAACGGAAAUUUGAGAAGCCUCAAGAGCCUGCAAUGAGGAAGCGGUUAAAACUAGGCAAAGAAGAGAAGCUGUUCAGGAAAAAGAGGCGAUCGUGGAAGGCCACAGACGACCGAACUGCCCUGGUCAAGCCUCUCAGGCGCUUCAAGCAGGAGCCUGAGGACGAUCUCCCAGAGGAACCUCCGAAAAGCAAGGAGAGUGACCAGUCUCGCUCUAGCUCCCCUACGGCGGGGCCAAGCUCAGAGGGCACAGAGUCCCGAGACAAGAAGAAGUUCAAGAUCCGGCGGAAAGCCCGCCUCCCCAACAAGGAGCUGAGCAAGGAGCUAAGUAAAGAGCUCAACCAGGAGAUCCAGAAGACAGAGAACAGCCUUGCCAAUGAGAAUCACCAGCCCAUCAAGUCUGAGCCAGAGAGUGAAAAUGAGGAGCCCAAGCGGGUGCUGUGCCCCGAGCGGCCUCACCGCUUCAGCAAGGGCUUGAAUGGAACCCCCCGAGAACUCCGGCACCAGCUCUUGUCGAGCCUCAGGAGCAGCACCCCCCGGGCAGCUGCCCGGCCUCCCCGCUCCCUCUCGCCCCCCAAGUGCAUUCAGAUGGAGCGUCACGUCAUCCGGCCACCCCCCAUCAGCCCACCCCCAGACUCACUCCCGCUGGAUGAUGGGGCAGCCCACGUCAUGCAAAGGGAAGUCUGGAUGGCUGUCUUCAGCUACCUCAGCCACAGCGAACUGUGUCUCUGCAUGAGGGUUUGCAAGACCUGGAACAGAUGGUGCUGUGAUAAAAGACUGUGGACCAAAAUAGACCUAAACCACUGUAAAUCCAUCACCCCUCUCAUGCUCAGUGGUAUUAUUAGGAGGCAGCCGGUCACGCUUGAUCUAAGUGGGACAAACAUAUCGAAAAAGCAGCUGAGCUGGCUCAUCAACCGGCUCCCAGGUCUCCGAGAUCUGCAAUUGUCUGGGUGCUCAUGGAUUGCAGUGUCUGCUCUCUGCAGUUCUAGUUGUCCACUCCUCCGAACACUGGAUGCGCAGUGGGUGGAAGGCUUAAAAGAUGCACAAAUGAGAGAUCUUUUGUCACCACCAACUGACAACAGGCCAGGCCAAAUUGACAACCGGAGCAAACUGCGCCACAUCACAGAGCUGUGCCUGUCUGGCUUGGACAUCACUGAUGCUUCCCUGCGUUUGAUUAUCCGGCACAUGCCUCUACUCUCCAAGCUCAACCUCAGUUACUGCAACCACAUGACAGAUCAGUCCAUUAACCUGCUAACAGCUGUGGGAACCACUACACGGGACUCCCUAACAGAAGUUAUUUUGCAAGACUGCAAUAAGGUGACAGACCAAUGUCUCUCCUAUUUCAAGCGGUGUGGAAGCAUCUGCCGGAUUGAUCUGAGGUACUGCAAGCAAGUGACCAAGGAAGGUUGUGAGCAGUUCAUCGCAGAGAUGUCUGUGAGCAUUCAGUUUAGUCAAGUGGAAGAGAAACUGCUGCAGAAGUUGAGUUAGUGUUUACUGGGGCAAGUUUGUAAAUAACCAGGAGCUGAAAAAGGGACUCCAGGAGACCACAGAAGGAUUUUAUUUUCAGUUGGGAGAUGUGGAACAUGCCAAGUUGGGGAACUGUUUGGACUGUACAGGAACAUGUGGUGUUCAAACCACUCACAAAGCGUUCUAGCCUGGAUGGGACCUUUUUACACUUUUCCCAGGCUCUUUACAUACCUUCCUCUGGUGGCAGCAAAGGAUUCAUGCCUAGAAGAACACUGAGGAACACCUAUUUAUAUACCACAGCUGGAGCAUGUGUAAAUUUUUAAAGCAUUUUUGAAAAUGUCAAAAGCAAUGUUAAUUCUGGGGUUAUUAAGGUGGGCCAUUACCUUUUUUUCUGCCUUUUGAACUUUUUUGUUACAUCCAACGUUAUGCAGAACUAUUUUUGUACAAAUUUGUUUAAAAAAGUUAUUUAUGCAGAGUUACUGAAUGCAUUGCAAGUGUUUGGUCAGUGGUUUCAAAUUGCCAAGUUUUAUCUUGAGAUAGAGAAUUUGAACUUCUUACCACUUAAAUUACCUGCUGAGAGUUAUACCCCAAUUGGGAUGGGGGAGUAGGUUAAUCCUUUGAAAUGAAAAAAGCAUGUUUAAUGGAAGUUUUAUAUACUGCUUUGUAUAACACUGUAAGCAUGUUGUGGAGAAAACAAGGUGUAAAAUACAGAUUAAGAACAAACAAGUUGCCAAGUUUCCCUGUAUAAAAAAAACACAUUUUCUUGACUGAAACUUCCAAUUACAGCUGUGCAGAUGGGAAGGCAUUAAAAUACUCUCAUACUUGCUGUAAAAAGUCCAUUUAUAUGACUUAAAAUCAAACAGUUUCAGGGUUUGAGUGAGUUCUUGUCCAUAUUUAACCUGGUUAAUUUCUGAUUGUCAAGAAGGGGGGAUUUCAGUAUUGAUAAGUGCCAUUGUUGUAAAGUGGUGGUGAAAACCCCCAACCUUCCUUCCCGAUACAGUUUUACCUCUGUUGAAUUUGUAUAAAUAAUUGUACAAAAA